CAGUGACUUCGCAGGCGUGCGCCCUGCCUACCGAGCGUGCUUGCUGCAAGCAGGCGGAUCUUUAAUAUUAGGACUGGCUGUCUUUUUUUUUUUUUAAGCGGGUGGGAGAUAAUCAAAAGAAUUUGAUUCUCCCGUGAUUUUUUUUUAAACUGGUGUCUUGCGAUGCUUGCAUGUAAAACUAUAAAGCUAGACGUGGUCAUGAAUGAACGGGAUUCUUUGCUCGCGCAGCAACACCUGUAAGGGGAGAGGGUAGGAAAGGCGAAGGCGGAGGUGUGGUGCAGACAGGAGCCGAGAUUUUUGCUGCAGAAAGACAAGACUGGUACCAGACGGGCACCCCGACAUAACACAUUUAAAAAAUCCAGCCUGCAUGACCGUCACGAAGAUGUCAUGGAAUCCUCAGUAUCAGACUUCAAAAUUCCGCCACGUUUAUGGCAAGGCCGCCAGUAAGGAGAACUGCUACGACAACGUGCCCAUCACCCACAGUGUCUAUGACAACCAGUUCUGUGCUGUCAAUCCUCAUUUCAUUGCUGUGGUGACAGAAUGUACAGGUGGAGGAGCUUUUCUUGUCAUACCAAUCAGUCAAACAGGAAAACUUGACUCGCAUUACCCUCGCGUCUGUGGGCAUAGAGGAAAUGUAUUAGACAUCAAAUGGAACCCUUUCGAUGACUUUGUAAUAGCAUCAUGUUCUGAAGAUGCCACUGUUAAGGUCUGGAAUAUCCCCCAGCACUUGCUAACGAAAAGCAUCACGGAUGCCCAGAAGGAGCUUCUUGGCCACUCCAGAAGGGUGGGGCUUAUCGAAUGGCACCCAACUGCAAGUAACAUCCUCUUCAGCACUGGUUACGAUUACAAAAUCAUGAUCUGGAACCUUGAUACCAAAGAAUGUACAAUUCAGACGCCGAUAAAGACAAUUGGUUUCCAUACAGAUGUCAUCCUCUCCAUGUCAUUCAACACAGAUGGCAGCCUCUUAGCCACAGUCUGCAGGGACAGGAAAAUAAGGAUCAUUGACCCGCGAGCAGGAACUGUCUUUCAGGAAGCAAGCAGCAAGUCUCACCGAGCGAAUAAAGUUGUGUUUCUAGGAAACCUGAAAAAGCUGCUCACCACAGGGACAUCCAGGUGGAAUAAUAGGCAGAUUGCCCUCUGGGAUCAGGAUGAUCUUUCUGUACCUUUACUUGAGGAGGAUGUGGAUGGGUCAUCAGGCCUCUUGUUUCCUUUCUAUGAUACUGACACACAUAUGUUGUAUGUGUUAAGCAGGGGAGAUGGGAACAUCAGGUACUAUGAGAUAAGUUUGGAGAAACCAUACCUAAAUUACCUGAUGGAAUAUCGCUCUCCGUUGCCCCAGAAAGGAAUUGGUGUCAUGCCCAAGAGGGGCCUGGAUGUCUGUGCCUGUGAGAUCUUCCGGUUUUAUAAACUGAUUCCAGUCAAAAGCCUGAUUGAACCUAUUUCUAUGAUUGUGCCCCGCCGGUCUGAAUCGUACCAGGAAGACAUCUAUCCAAUGACAGCUGGGGUCCAGCCAGCAUUGACAGCACAAGAGUGGCUGAGUGGCACUAAUAAAGGUCCUGUCUUGAUGUCCCUGAGACCAGGUUCUAUGAUCUUCAAUUCCUUACCACCAUUUCUUGAAAAGGAGAUCUCCAUGGAAGCAACUAAGCCUAUCCAGUGCUGGGACAGAGUGGCUGAUACCACAGAAAAGUCAAGCAAAAUCCAGGAGAAAUGGGGGGCCAGGAAGACUGAGGAAAGACAACAGGAAAACAGACGAAUGAAGCUAUCUAAUGGCCUUGAUAUGUGCGAAUGUCCUCCACCUAAAACAGAAAAUGAGCUGCUACAGAUGUUUUAUCGACAACAGGAAGAAAUUCGGCGACUCCGUGAAGCGCUGAUCCAACGGGAUGUUCAGAUCAAACAGCUAGAGCUUGAGAUCAAAAACCGUGUGGAUUCUCACCAGUUUUGACAGGAUACCAUUUGUCAGUCUUUGAAUUUCAGAACAGAUGUUGCCUGAAAUUACUGUAUUUUGGAGAUGAUAGAUUAGAAGAAGAACUUCAUGUUGAUUGGCAACUUAUUGCCUACCUUGAGUGCCCAUAUCCUGCAAGCUGGAAGUUGCUGGCAUUUUUUGCGGUGCUCUAUUUAUUGGACUCAUUCUUUGCAGGAAACUCUGUAUUUCAUAGUAGUCCCAUAACAACUCAGUUGGAGGUGUCUCAAGGUGAAGGCAGAACCUGUCUGGGUAUGCUGAACAUCCUUUCAGUCCCCAGUAGACAACUGAACUUGGAAGUGUGGUUGCUUGGACUCUUUCAGGCUGUUCAGCACUCAACUCUUUCCACAUGGAGGUGAACCAAA